CUUGGCCUUCAGCGUUUCCAAAGCGUCCCGUAGCUGCGGCGAGCGUGGUGCGGGGUCUCUGGAUAUGGUGUCCUUUGAGGACGUGGCUGUGAUGUUUACCGGGGAGGAGUGGCAGCAUCUGGAGGAUGAUCAGAGGAGCCUGUACAGAGAUGUGAUGCUGGAGACAUACAGUAUCCUGGCCUCAGUGGGGCUUUGUAUUACCAAACCAGAGAUGAUCAUCAAUUUGGAGUGUGGAAUAGAGCCAUGGAAUAUAAGUGAACCUCUCAUGCACAGUCUGUCAGGUGAGAAACCUCUCAAAUGUAAAGAACAAACAAACAGAACAAACUUCUCCCAGACAUGCAGAAAAAAAGCUCAUGAGAAAAGUCACACAGGAGUGAAACUCUUUGAAUGUAAAGAAUGCAGGAAAACUUUCUCCAGGCAUGGAAGUCUGAAACUCCAUCAGAGAGUCCACACCGGAGAGAAACCCUAUGAGUGUAAAGAAUGCAGAAAAGCUUUUUCCCAGCAUGGAAGUCUGAAACGACAUCAGAGUAUCCACACGGGAGAGAAGCCCUAUGAAUGUAAAGAAUGCAGAAAAACCUUUUCCUGCAACAGUAACCUCAUUAGACACCAGAGUAUUCACAGUGGAGAGAAACCCUUUGAAUGUAAAGAAUGUAGGAGAACUUUCUCCCAUCAUCUCAGUCUGAAACACCAUCAGUGUGUCCACACAGGAGAGAAACCUUAUGAAUGUAAACACUGUGGGAAAACCUUUUCCCAGCAUGGAUCUCUGAAACGACAUCAGACUGUCCACACAGGAGAGAAACCCUACGAAUGUAAGGAAUGUAGGAAAACGUUUUCCUAUCAUGGAAAUCUGAAAGUGCAUCAGAGAACUCACACGGGAGAGAAACCCUACGAGUGUAAAGAAUGCAGGAAGACUUUUCCUUGCACGAGUUACCUCAUCAGACACCAGAGUAUGCACAGGGGAGAGAAACCCUACGAGUGCAAAGAAUGCAGGAAAACUUUCUCCCACCAUGGAACUCUGAAACGACAUGAGAGAAUCCACACAGGAGAGAAACCCUAUGAAUGUAAAGAAUGUAGCAAGACUUUUUCCCAGUAUGGAAGUCUGAAAGAGCACCAGAGAACCCACAGACGAGAGAAACCCUACGAAUGCAGUGAGUGUAGGAAAACAUUCUCAUGGCGCGGAAGCCUGAAAGCGCAUCAGAGAACUCACACGGGAGAGAAGCCUUACGAGUGUAAAGAGUGUUUGAAAACUUUCUCCCGCCUUGGAAGUCUGAAAUGGCAUCAGAAAAUCCACACAGGAGAGAAACCCUAUGAAUGUACAGAAUGUAAGAAAACUUUUUCCCUUCCUGGAAUUCUAAAAGUUCAUCAGGCAAUCCACAAGGAAAUGAAAUCCUAUGAAUGUAAAGAGUGUAGAAAGACUUUUCCUUGCAACAGUUACCUCGUCAGACACCAGAGUAUUCACAGCGUAGAGAAAUCCUACGAAUGUAAGGAAUGUAGGAAAACUUUCUCCCACCACGGAACUCUGAAACGACAUCAGAGUAUCCACACAGGAGAGAAACCCUAUGAGUGUAAAGAAUGUAGCAAGACUUUUUCCCGUCAGGAAUAUUUGAAAGAGCACCAGAUAACCCACAGAGGAGAGAAACCCUACGAAUGCAGUGAGUGCAGGAAAACAUUCUCAUGGCGCGGAAGUCUGAAAGCGCAUCAGAGAACUCACACAGGAGUGAAACCCUACGAGUGUAAAGAGUGUUUGAAAACUUUCACCCGACAUGGAAGUCUGAAAUGGCAUCAGAAAAUCCACACACGAGAGAAAACCUAUGUAAUGUUAAGAAAUCAGGAAGACAUUUUCUUACAAUUAAAUUUGCAUCAGAUACAGUAGGA